AGAAGUCUCUGCAGCGAUGUCGGAGACCGCUCCCGCCGCCGCUCCCGCUGUCGCGGCCCCCGCCGCCAAGGCCGCCGCCAAGAAGCCGAAGAAGGCGGCGAGCGGCUCCAAAGCCCGCAAGCCCGCGGGGCCCAGCGUCACCGAGCUCAUCACCAAGGCCGUGUCCGCCUCCAAGGAGCGCAAGGGGCUCUCCCUCGCCGCGCUCAAGAAGGCGCUGGCCGCCGGCGGCUACGAUGUGGAGAAGAACAACAGCCGCAUCAAGCUGGGGCUCAAGAGCCUCGUCAGCAAGGGCACCCUGGUGCAGACCAAGGGCACCGGCGCCUCCGGCUCCUUCCGCCUCAGCAAGAAACCCGGGGAAGUGAAGGAAAAAGCCCCCAAGAAGAGAACGGCUGCGGCCAAGCCCAAGAAGCCGGCGGCUAAGAAGCCCGCCAGCGCUGCCAAGAAGCCCAAGAAGGCGGCGGCGGUGAAGAAGAGCCCCAAGAAAGCCAAGAAGCCGGCGGCUGCAGCUGCCAAGAAAGCAGCGAAAAGCCCUAAGAAGGCGACAAAGGCUGCCAAGCCCAAAAAAGCGGCGGCAGCAGCGAAGAGCCCGGCUAAGGCGAAGGCGGUGAAGCCCAAGGCAGCCAAGCCCAAGGCGGCCAAGCCGAAAGCAGCCAAGGCAAAGAAGGCAGCUCCCAAGAAAUGAAGUGUUGAAGUGGAAAUACUUUUAAACCCAACGGCUCUUUUAAGAGCCACCCACUAUUGUCCCCAAAAGGGCUGAUACACUCCGGCACUGAGGUCGGUGCCUGCAGCAGAGCCAACUAUUCGCCACUAUCUGUGUGGGACGUUUGUCUGUGGAGUGGAUGGGACGCUAAACUUCCGGCCGUGGUUUUACACUAGGACUUGGAAAAAUAAAAGUUUACAUUCCCUGUGAAAAAGCUUACUAAAGGCUGGUUUUUUUUGUUGUUUUUUUUUUUUUUUGUUGGUUUUUUUUUUUUUUUUUUUUUUUUUUUUUUUUUUUAUGGCACCGCAAGUGGGAGUAUAUGUUAAAGGGACUGCUUAAGGGCGGGUACCUUUCUGGGGCGUGGAGGUUCCUUUCGUUGCUCUAAAUCAGCGCGAUUCCUGACAGCACGGAUGCGACUGCCACACCUCUUAGUGACCGCAGCAGGGAACUGUCAGCACGGCUCCUCCGCUUCCUUGGCAAUGACCUUCCCGCUUGCCAUCGCUGUCGUGGGGCAGCUCUCAAUUUCGGCGUGAUUUCACCCACCUACAUUUCCGAGGAGGCGAGUGUCGGGGCGGGAGGAGGGUCGGAGUUGCCAGCGCUCCUCUCCCGCAGUCUGGCGGGCCGGGGCUCGGCCGGGGCUGUCCCGGAGCCCGCGGGCGGCAGCGCAGAGGCGGAGCGGCGCAGAGCCCCGAGCAGCACCGGGGGCUGCCCGGACCCGCCUCAGUGGCUGCUGGGAGAGGCCCCGGCCGCUCAUUGGGCCGCUGGGAAAUUUGGAAAAGCCCGCGCUGCAGAGAAAGGGGUGGGGAAGAGGGGGGAGGGGAAGGAAGGAGGGAGGAACGGAGGGGGGGCUCGGAGCUCUGCCCGCCCUGGCUCCGAGCCUAACCCUGCUCCCGGGUCCCCCCGUUCCGUGAGAUCUCAUACCCUUAAAGAGUCUGCCCCAUCUCAGUGGUGUAACUCCUUCCCCCAGUCCUCCAGUCCCUGUCUUUUCAUAUACGAGGCAAAAUGUUUCAGCUAAAGAGAAUUCCGAAAUAUCUAUACAAAAAGUGAAGAGGGUCAAUUGUUUUUCCCUCCGCCUCUUUAAGAAAUUUAUUACAAUUUCCUUUUAUUUUCUUGAAGCAUGUUUGCUUAUUCAACUGUGAAGCUCCUAAUUUCUAUGGAACAAACCAUGAAGUAUUGUCUCACACCUUUACUGUAAAAAGAUUUAAUAUUGUGUCCGUGCUUUGGAAAACUAUUUUAACUUCUAUAUUUAUGAAUAGUGAGUG